GUCUCCAACAUUCGUCGAGGUUUCAGAAAGCGACGUGACGGAGGUGCCGCACAUGACUGACCCACUGGCAUCAGCAAAAUUUGCGAUGCAUGCAGAGGUUGCGGCCUUUCAGCGCCAGUCGGAGAGGACCGAGCUGCUCCGACGCCAGGUGGCUGCGCUCGACAGAAAGUUCGAAACUGCAAGCACUGAUUUCCAACGGCUGGCAGAGGAGGCCGCCGCACUGGCUGCCUACAAGCUGGAAGCUUCGUUUCGCAGAGCGCUUAGCUCUCAUGCUCAUCCGCAGCAAAGCUUGCAUGUCCGGGCAUCAAGCCCCAGAGCUUUUCCGACAGGGGCCAGGACACUGACGUAA